AUGGUCUCCAAUGAAGGUCAUCAGUAUACAGGGAUUAUCUACUUACUUAAACAUUUUGGGUGGACCUGGGUUGGCCUGUUGGCUGGAGAUGAUGAAAGCGGAGAACGUUUCCUGGAAAAGCUGGAGUCGUUAUUCCUUUGGAAUGAAAUUUGUUCAGCCUUUGUACAAAGAAUGCCAGUUGAUAGCCGGUUCCCUGAACUCGAAGAACUGAACAUUAUUUCUGCAAAUAUCAAUGCUUUCUACUCAGAUCCGAACGUUAGGACCCUUGUUGUCUAUGGUGAAACUUUAACUAUUAUGUGGCUAAGCACUGCGUUAUUUUUGGCUGGUACUAACUAUACGGAAAAGGUGUGGAUUAUGACAGGCCAGAUUGAUUUUGCUGCAACAGCUAUGUCAAAGGAUUGGAAAUUUGAAAUAUUCCAAGGUACCCUUCUUUUCGCAAUCCACUCCAGUGAAUGUGAAGAGUUUCAGAUCUACCUUCAGAAUAUAAAACCAGAAAAAGCACAACCUGAUGACUUUUUCAAAGAGUUCUGGUCACAAGCCUUUGGUUGCUUAGUUCCAGCUCCUGAGAACCUAAUAGAGACUCACAGACUUUGUAGUGGAACAGAGUCCUUGAGUGAUCUACCAGGGGUUCUGUUUGAAAUGGUCAUGACUGGCCAUAGCUACAGCAUCUACAAUGCAGUCCUUGCUGUAGCCCAUGCGUUACACAGCAUGGAUUUAUCUAGACCAAAACACAACGCUGUCAGGAGUACAAAACAUCUGGAAGAUAUAAAUCCUUGGCAGCUCUACCGCUUCCUUCAGACCAUUUCGUUUAACAACACAGAUGGAGAAACGGUGUCCUUUAAUGAUAAUAAGGAGAUGGGAUCUGGAUUCGACAUAAUAAACAUGUUCAUUUCCUCUAACAACUCCUUCCACAAAGUGAAGGUUGGAAGGGUGGGGACCAAGGAUUCUCAAGGAAAGAAAUUAGUCAUUGAGGAUGACAAGAUUAAAUGGCAUGGAAGCAUCAACCAAGCCCCUCCCCUUUCCCUGUGUAAUGAUUACUGCCAGCCUGGCUAUCAAAAGAGAAAAGAAGAAGGAAAGAAGUUUUGCUGCUACACUUGUGAUCAGUGCCCAGAAGGGAAGAUUUCCAACAAAAGAGAUACAGAAGAUUGCUUCAAAUGUCCAGAUGAUCAGUAUCCAAACCAGGAACAAGAUCAAUGUUUUCCCAAAAUCGUAGUUUAUUUGUCCUAUGAAGAACCUCUGGGCAUCUCUUUAGCUUCAGUCUCCACCUUCUUUUUCUCAGUCACAGUUCUGGUAUUAAAAAUAUUCCACCUGCAUAAAGAUAGUCCCAUAGUCAAAGCCAACAAUCGGGACCUCACCUAUGCUCUCCUCAUCUCUCUUCUGCUCUGCUUCUUCUCACCUUUCCUAUUCCUUGGUAAGCCCGGGGUACUGACUUGCUUCCUCCGGCAACCGGCCUUUGGCAUCAUCUUCUCACUGGCUGUUUCCUGUGUGUUGGCUAAAACCAUCACAGUGGUGGUAGCUUUCAUGGCCACCAAGCCAGGAUCCAGUAUGAGGAAGUGGGUGGGGAAGAGGCUCACCAGUUGCGUUGUCCUUUCUGGCUCUUCCGUCCCAGUGGUCAUCUGUGCUGUAUGGCUAGCAAUCUCUCCCCCGUUCCCCAAUUUGGACAUGGACUCGCUGACCACUGAGAUAGUAGCAGAGUGUAACGAAGGCUCUGCUGCUAUGUUUUAUCUAGUCUUAGGCUACAUGGGGCUUCUGUCCAUCGUCAGCUUCAGUGUUGCUUUUCUAGCUAGGAAGUUGCCAGAUAGUUUCAAUGAAGCCAAAUUCAUCACCUUCAGCAUGCUGGUCUUCACCAGUGUUUGGUUGUCCUUUGUGCCAACCUACCUCAGCACCAAAGGGAAAUACAUGGUAGCUGUGGAGAUCUUCUCCAUCUUGGCUUCCAGUGCUGGGCUGUUGGGAUGCAUCUUUUUCCCCAAAUGUUUCAUAAUUGUGCUAAAGCCUGAGCUGAACAACAAGGAGCAGCUCAUGAGAAGAAAGAGUGCACUAUGA